CACACACACACACACACACACACACACACACACACAGACGUUAGUGACGCUCACAUUUCCUCCUCACCUGCAAACGUGACGAAAGUGGGUGUUUGUAUCAGUGGGUGUGUGUGUCACGCAUGACACGCGGAUGGGUUGACUCCACUUUCUUGGAAGGCACAAGAAGGGUUUGAUCGUCCCUCGUGCAGGAAGCAUCCAAGUCAGCUGCAAACAGAAGCUGCUCCGAGUGCAUGUUGACGACUCACGUCAGACACACGGCGAAGGCUGCACGCAAUAACCGGCCGGAAAACACUCGAGCCCACUGGACCCCCUUCCAUCGCUUCCAGUUUUUGCUCCACUGAGCAGGUGUUUCGGGACAUUUUUCAGCUCUCUUCACUAGACUCCUGAUUUUAUCUGACUUUAAACUUCACGCUCAACGUCUUCAAGAGAAAUGGACAACAGCCCUGGUGGUGGAGGUGGGGGCGUCAUCCUGUAUGCUGGCUCCUCGGGAAGCUCCAGCCCCAGCCCCGGGAGCCCCUCCAGUGGCUACCAGACACAGUCACCUUCCUCACACUCGCAGCCAUCAUCGCCAGAGGAAGUCACCUUCACAGAGAUCGGGGCACUGAAAGAGAGCCCGGCUGGGUCCACCACUCCAACCUCAAAACUCGUGUUCCAGUUCCCCGAGGUCCAUCGCGGCACUCCCACAGCAGCUCCGCAGCAGCAUACCUACUACGCACAUCCAAUUGCUGCAAAAAGGCCGUGCGGUUUCCAUGGAACUUUCACUAAAAAUGGUGGGAUGGUCCUACUCUGUAAGGUCUGUGGGGACAUUGCGUCUGGCUUCCACUAUGGUGUCCAUGCAUGUGAAGGAUGCAAGGGUUUUUUCCGCCGCAGCAUCCAGCAGAACAUCAAUUACAAGAUGUGCGUGAAGAAUGAGAACUGCCUGAUCAUGCGCAUGAACCGCAAUCGGUGCCAGCACUGUCGCUUCAAGAAGUGCCUGUCUGUUGGCAUGUCACGAGAUGCCGUGCGUUUUGGCCGCAUCCCUAAAAGAGAGAAGCAACGACUUCUGGAUGAGAUGCAGAGCUAUAUGAACAGCCUAAAUGAGUCGGCUGCCAUGGACAUGAACUCAUCAUCCAUGAAAGAGUCCCCCACUAGCCAAGAAGACAGUAGCUCAAAGGAGGCCAUCGGGGCAAUCUCCAGAGCCUACCAGGACAUCUUCAGUGGCAGCAGAGAGGAGAGGACAGCCAAGAGGGCUAAAACCACCACCACCGACGACGCCUCUCAAGAUUGCAAUUUCCAGCCGACUUCAGGCCAAGCCAACUCAGGCCAGACUUGCCGGCCUUGCCUAGUUGUCCCUGAUGACCACCAACUUACUUUUCAUGCCAUGGACAACAAUCGUUACGCAUAUGUGGUGCGUGGACAGGCAAGCCAAAAUCAUCAGCCAAGUUUGGACACGCCUCAAAGAGGCGCUGCCAAUUAUUCAUGCAAGCCAGGUCACGCCACAAAUCAGCCCUCCUGCCCAUGGAAGUUGGCUCCGGGAGCUAAAGUGUUGGCCUGUCCCCUGAACGCAUGCCCUGUCUCUGGGCCCGAGCGCAGUAGUCAGGACAUUUGGGAGUCCUUUUCUCAGUGUUUCACUCCCGCUGUCAAGGAGGUGGUCGAAUUCGCCAAGGGCAUUCCAGGAUUUCAAGAGCUGAGCCAGCAGGACCAAGUCAUGCUGCUUAAGUCAGGCACCUUCCAGGUUUUGAUGGUGAGGUUCUGCACCUUGUUCAAUGCCGCAGAGCACACAGUGACCUUCCUGAAUGGUCAAACGUACCCCUUGUCCACCCUGCGUGCUUUGGGCAUGGGCUCCCUUCUCGACGCCAUGUUUGACUUCAGUGAGAGGCUAGGCGCCAUGGGCUUAGAGCCCGACGAAAUGGCCCUCUUCAUGGCUGUGGUCUUGGUCUCAGCAGAUCGUUCGGGCAUCUCAGAUGUGCUGGCUGUUGAGCAGCUCCAGGAGGGUCUCAUCCAUGCCCUGCGGUCGCUGAUCGGUCGGCGGCAUCCGGACGACACCUCGCUCUUUUCCAAAGUCCUCCUGCGACUUCCAGACCUGCGCACCCUCAGCAAUUUACACUCCGACAAACUUUUGGCUUUUCGCAUUGACCCUUGAGCCAACAACCUGCACAACAGAAAAACACAUCCCGCAUUCACACAUACUUUACUUUCCGAGGAUGGAACUUUCUUUGUAACGUACCAAAAAGGAAUGGUGCAAGUGUUGUUGUUGUUCUGUUUUUUGAAUGAAAAGAGUAGCAUUUUUUUAUCCAGUGCCCAUCCUGUUUUGGGAUAAAUAAAUAUGCUCACACAAAGUUAUGUGUGCACACAAAGCACAACACCUCUUUAGAGUAAGAAAAAAUCGAGUGUUCGUGUAAGUCAUUGUGCAAAGUUGACAAUACUCUGUUGAACAAAUCAUUUUGAGGCUUGGUAUUUAUAGCCAGCUUAGUUAAGCAUAACCCAGGCCAUCUCUGAACAGGCAACUAUCAUAGAUCCAUGUUCUUAGGGACCAUUUGUGAUGACAUGUUAUGAGUCCAUUUGUUUUGAAGAGAAAGGAAAUGUGUAUGUAAAUACAGAACAAAAGCUGAAAUAUAGUGUAUCACUGUUUCACCAUCCACAGAAAUGCUGGAAUGAGACCAUCCAUACAGUUUUGCGUCACCUGCACACAACGUUGUUUUAUGACAAUAUAUUAAAACUAUAUAAAGGCAUUUGAAAUUAUUCCACCAAAAAACAUUGUGUUUGCAUUGACAUCAGAAUGCAAAAUGACUUGUGGAAGGUCUCUGUGCAUGUUUUGUAGUUUUAUUGUUCCUUUUUCUUGCUGUAUAUACAGUAUGAUGUUUGUACAAAUGCGACUGAACAAAUAGAAUGGGUGGGUCC